ACUGAUUAGAGAGAGAGAGAGAGAGAAUGCUCAUGAGUAGUAUUUAAUAACAUGUGCUUGUGUUGUUCAUAAUUUGCUGUCUCGCCUUGGUCCAUAAGAGGUGCCUUACUACCAUUUCUCUCUCAAAGCUCACCUCAGCUCUGUCAUCCUGCUGAAGAAGAAAACAUGCUUAGGGUCAUGUCUAUGUCGAGAUCCUUGCUUCUUCAAACUCUCAGCAAGAAGUUCUCUACCCAAAUAGAAAGGAAACUAGAAGGCAAGGUAGCAGUGAUCACUGGGGCAGCAAGUGGCAUAGGGAAAGAAACGGCAGCCAAAUUCAUUAAUCAUGGAGCCAAAGUAGUCAUCGUCGAUAUACAGAGGCAGCUCGGCCAAGAAACCGCAAGUGAGCUCGGACCAAACGCCACAUUUGUGCCAUGCGACGUAACAAAAGAAUCUGAGAUUUCCGACGUAGUGGACUAUGCCGUUUCCCGACAUGGACAGCUCGACAUAAUGUACAAUAAUGCAGGGAUAGCUUGUCGAACUUCGCCAAGCAUAGUUGACCUUGACCUUGAACGAUUCGACCGUGUCAUGGCCAUCAACGUACGAGGCGUAGUGGCAGGAAUCAAACACGCUGCUCGUGUGAUGAUCCCGCAGGGUAGCGGUUGCAUUCUGUGCACAGCUAGUGUCACCGGGGUGAUCGGAGGACUCGCGCAACCUACUUACUCAACGUCCAAAUCAAGCGUGAUAGGAAUUGUGAAGUCUGUGACAGCGCAGCUGUGCAAGCAGGGAAUAAGAAUCAAUUGCAUAUCUCCAUUUGCUAUUCCAACACCCUUUUCAUUGGACGAGAUGAAACAUUACUUCCCAGGGGUGGAACCUCAGGACCUUGCUAAAAUCUUACACAGUGCUAGUGAGCUCAAAGGAGCAUAUUGUGAGCCCAUUGAUGUAGCCAAUGCUGCUCUUUUCUUGGCUAGUGAAGAUGCUAAGUUUAUUAGUGGCCACAACUUGGUGGUAGAUGGUGGUUUCACCUCGUUUAAAAGUUUAAACUUAGCAGAUCAAGUGCAGUAACGUUCCAUAUAUUGAUAUGGCAUUUGAUUCUUUUCUAGAGUUUUUUUGUUAAAUCACAUGCAUAGCCUCAGGGUGCACAAACUAGUUUGGGCUGAAUAUAGCUGAAUAUAGGCAAAUUAACCUUUAA